AUGAAGGAUAUUGAACUCAGAGAGUACCAAAUUCUCACAAACAGCAUCAAAUUUUGGCUGUUGUUCGUUGGAAUAUGGCCAAUUUCCAAGCCCAGAAUUGUGUAUCGUGUCAUACCCAUUUUUGCCAUAAGUUGCAACAUCAUAUUGAGCAUUGCACUAUUUCGAUUUGCUAUAGCCCAUAUUUCGAGUAUGAGCCUCAUGGUUAAAGGUGUUUCAUUGGGAACAAGCUUUGCAUCUAUAGCUUUCAAGAUAUUGGUUUUUACACUGAGCAGAGAAGGUAUCACUAAAAUAUUCACGAUUAUUCAUAACUAUCAUGAAGAGUCUUUAGCCGAUCAGAAUUUGAGACAUCUCGCCUUGGAGAAAGUUUCUGGAUUCCGACGCUUAUCGUGGAUCUUGUGUUUUCUUGUUGCUUGCGGAGCUGUAUCCUAUUGCAUAGCGCCUAUCAUCUUCAUAAUAAUCCAACGUCGGCAUCAUCUGCAAUCAAUCAAGUACAUACUCCCAUUGCCUGCUUUUUACCCAUGGGUGAUAUCGCCUGGAGGAGUUCUGUACAAAGUCACCUAUGUAUUUGAAGUUUAUAAUUUGAUGUGUCUAUUGUUCACAACCUGUGGAGUUGAUUCCCUAUUCGGAUACUACAUAUUGCAUAUAACUGGACAACUUCGAGUUUUAGGAUAUCAGAUAACACAUUUGAAUAGAAGUGAUGACUCCCAUCAAUGUUUACGCAGAUUUGUUGAUAAAUUCGAAGUGUUGAAGGAAUGCUGCGAAGAUUUACAGACAAUCUAUGGGCCUGUCAUUUUGUGGCAGAUUAUUACAAAUUCAGUGAUUAUUUGUACCGUAUUGUUUCAAAUUUCACAAGAGACCAGUAUUUCUAUACCGAAAUACAUUCUCAUUAUGGGCUACAGUGGAUCCAAAAUAAUGCAAACAUAUAUCUAUGCUUCAGCCGGGACUGCUCUGAGCACAGAGAGUGAAGCUCUGACUGAAUCCGUGUACUUUAGUGAUUGGCCAGGUGGUGGUACACAACGUUUCAGGACAUCAAUAUUGAUAAUGCUGGCACAAAAACCUCUCCAAAUCACAGCUGCCCAUUUCGUCGUCGUAUCUAAUGAUAUAUUUAUCAUGACAUUGAACACGGCUGUCUCAUACUUCUUCUUAUUGAAGACAUUCGAGGAAAAGCAAUCGUAGGAUCAACGUUCACGCGUACACGAAACUGUCUUUUCGCACCUGCGUUGCACAUGAAAUAUUUCCUCGAACUUGCAGAAGAUAGUUUAUAUUUUUUAUCCAGUUCGAGAAGCGGAAGCAGAAAGCAGAAAUUUGACAUGCAGA